UCUUGCAGCGGCUGGCGUUUUGCUGCCCCGUUUUCUCGGCCAGUCCGCACCAUGGGAUUCGUGGACCCAAAGCCGUGGCUGCUUAUGGCCCCUGCUCUUUGCCUGAUUGUGCCGGUCUGUUGUCCUCCAUCUCCCACCUUGGUUCUGUAGCAGGUGCUUUCUUUCAGGGCAGCAGGGUUAACCCUAACAUGCCAUGGGAAUGGGAGGUGAUUAGCACCUGGAUGCUGCAGGAUUGUGGUUUCUAGAGCAUUUCCCGAUGUCUCUGGGCGAGCACUCAUUGCUGUAACACAGACUGGUAACGUGGCGAAGUGCAGCACUGCUGAAUGCCGACCAUCUCGCGCUAAUGGCCCUCGCCCCUGAAUAGAAGGGACUUCCGGGGUGAGAGAGGAGUGUGCAUGUCUUGGCUGACUUAGUUGUCGGCCUGUCUGCUGAGAAAGCCAGCCUCAGCCAGUGAACCCCAGCGGUGCUGGUAGUUAUUGUGAUGUGAAUAUAACUGAGAACAGAACGUAUCGCAGAGGCCGCUAGACGGGCCCCUUUAUGCCAGGCAACUGGACUGAAAACGAUGGGGAGAAAGCAAGCUCCUCUCACCCUUGCAGGGGAUGGGGCUGCACAGUGAAAAAGUCAUGUGGUGAUCUUUGACUCAUUUAACAAAAGGAAUCAAGUCAUAUACAACGCCCCACAAUUCCUGUUGCCAACACGAUCAACUGUAAUGCUGUAUGUACUGCCAGAGAGUUUAUGACAGGUUCUACCACCUAUACCAGUGCAGAACUCCACCACUGCACACCUGUAGUCCAUGAGCAGGAACAACAACUGUAGUCAAGCCCCUCCACACCACUCCCAGUGAGUGAGGUUCCCAGCAGCAUCAUACAGUGGCAGUGUCUGAUGCCAUGGAAAGCUUUAUGGCACCGCUAAGCACCCUCAGCGGGCUGGGGCUUCAUCACGGCAAGAAUAAGCUGCUACGCAGCAAGACAAGCGGACCCUCGCGGCGCAAGCGGGAGUUCAUGCCCGACGAGAAGAAGGACACUAUGUACUGGGAGAAGAGACGCAAGAACAACGAGGCGGCCAAACGCUCCCGGGAAAAGAGACGACUCAAUGACUUUGCCAUGGAGAGCCAGUUGUCGGCUCUCAGUGAAGAGAACGCCCUCCUCAGGGCCGAGUUGUUGGCCUUGAAGCUGCACUUCGGUCUCAUCAACCCGGAUGUCUACGCCCACCAGGUCGGCUCCAUCCAGGAUUUCCUGGGGAUUUAUGUCAGAGGGCACAAAGCAGCCGCCCCUUUCCUUGAGGUGGAGCCCCUGACCCGGGACGGCUGCUUUAGGACAAACGGCGUUGUAACCCGCAUGGUGGAACCCACUGAGUUUACUUACAAAGGCCUCUCCCCACCCAGAAAUCUCCAGAGUUCUGACCCAAAGCAGACCCUACUGGGCACCCAGUAUGAUCUGAACCCUCACCAGCCAGAGAGGCUCGAAUCAGCCUUCAAAUCCACCCUCUGCCCCUCUUACCUCAAUUACCACUUUCUGGAGAAAUACACUUGCCGGUUCCCUUUGCUGGGCAAUGCCCGUUUCUUGGCCACUUCACCCAGCAUGGCUGAGGCAGGGCAGCCAGGUGCCAAAAGCACCUUAGAUGAAGAUGAUGAGCAACAAGUGCCCAAAAUAUCCCCUCUCCCCCGUGGCAGCCAGCUGUGCCCUGCAGAGGACCCUUCCAGGGGCCGGAGCUAUUCUGCCCUGCCUCACAAACUCAGAAUUAAGACUAAAGCCCUCAGCAGCUGGGAGGAGAGCGGCUCCGACUCCCGUUGAGAUUGCAGAGGAGACUCCCCUCCUCUAUGGGCUGGGAAGGAGGGAGCGAGUGGGGGAUAAUUAUUUUAUGCACUGAAGAGGGAAAGUAAUUUGUUUUGUGUUGAAUAUGUGAGAUAUGGGUGCGAGCAAGGCCUGAUGGAGGCUGGUAUUUGUCUGGUGUGGUAGUACUUCCCCCAAAACUCCACACGCCGUGUUCCAGUGAGACCCACAGAAUCGCUCUGUGUACGACAGGGUGCAUAGGGUUUCACUUUGUUGUUUUGCUCACGCCUGGAGCCGAAAGGCAGGGUCUGGGGUAGGCGGGGGAGGGGAGGACUGAGGAUGGGGAAGGCUGAGGUUACGGGCAUGGUGAGCAGCGCUUGAUCCUCCAACAGCACUACACCCCUACUACAGUUGCUCGGUGUGGCAGCCAUUUUCCCUCCUCUUGCUUUGUGGCCACUUUCUUCCCCACAGGAUGGGGCUAUUAAAGCUUUAUUCAUGUUUCCUGUUUGAAACAGCAAAUGAACAGAGACAGCGUCAACGAUGCCAACCUCAGCAUGCCUGGUGCAGGCUCAGGACACAUGUGGGUGUUGGAAAGAGGUAGCGGACUAUCUAAGACGCAUGCUAUUCAAUCACGUUUCAUCUGUAGUCCCAUUAUCCUUGCAGUCCUCUAACCAGUGGGACUAUUUGUGUGUGCGAGAAUGGGAACUGGGAUCACAAACCAGUUGGGUGAGAAGAAACCAGUUGGAUGGUUUGUAUUGAACAGAUUCAAUUAUCCUUUAAGCCAUUCCGUAAUGGCUCAGACUCUGUCUUACCUUGAAUACCUUCAGUGCUAGUGAUUCCAGAGCUCCCCAUUCUAGUCACAUUAGAACAUGCUUCUGCUGUAAUUUGCAGAGCAGUUACCCAGUUUCUGAGCUUAGUUACUCUGGAAGUAAAUGUGGAAUCACAUCGGAAAGCUGGCUUGCCCAGUGGAUUUAAACAGGGGUAAAACAAGAGCAGCGCUGAGCCAGUAUUUCACGGGAUCAUCAAAUCUCCGAGACUGAAUAUGUCCAGUAAUUAUCUUAACCAGCAUGGGUAUAUAAUAGAAAAGACAACAUUUCAUUUUUCUUUACAUCAUUUUUUUGGGAGGGAGCAAAAAAAAAUUUUUUUUAAUUUGUAAUUGAGAAUUCUAUCACACAAUAUUUGUGUUUUGUUCAUCAUUUAAUCUCUUUUGUAAAUAAAAUUUUUUUGAAAAAAGCCUUUUUUAAAAUUGUGCCAUAAAUAAAAAAAAAAAUCCCACGAUGUGACUAAGUGGACCAAAAACAUUUCUCAUUUGAACCUAUCUUAUUCUGAAAAUGGUACCGAAGCCAAAAUCCCCCCGAGCAACGGCACAUCAGGUUUCGUGGCCAGCGAUACACGAGGGAGUGAUAUGGCCUGCACCACAUCUGACCAAGCUGGAGGUGACGUUUGAGCAGGAGAGCAAGUGAGGCUGAAACUAACAACUUAUAUGAUGGCGAGUGAGAGUCUGAAUAACCCAGCCACUGCAGCUCCUGGAAAGGGCUACAUGAAAAUGUGAAUUAAAAAUUUCACCAAAAAUAUCAAUAACAUGAGAAAUAUAUAACAGAUUUAAAUUCCCCCCCCUUUUUUUGGGGGGACCAGCGUUAAAUGAAAAUUAAAAAUCUGGACUGGGAUCAUCAAAGCUACCUCAGGGAUUUGGCCCCCCACGUGGCAACAAUAAUGGUGGCAACAGAAGAUGGCUGCUGUGGCACUGUUAUGGAACAACUAGGGCUGGUUGAAAUUUUUCUUUUGCAGUAGAAAAUGGGGUUUUCAGCUACAUGAUUUUUUUUAAUGAAACUUUUCCUGUAGAAAAUUUCAGUUUUCCAUUGAAAAAAACCAUACGCACAAAAAAUGAAAUAUUUCAAUUUGGCAACAAUGCUGCAGUUCCUCAUGAGAAUCAAGUGUCGGGGGGUAGCCAUUCUAGUCUGGAUCUGUAAAAGCGGCAAAGAGUCCAGUGGCACCUCAUAGACUAACAGACGUAUUGGAGCAUAAGCUUUCGUGGGUGACUAUCCACUUCAUCGGAUGCAUAAUACAUGCAUCUGACGAAGUGGGUAUUCACCCACGAAAGCUUAUGCUCCAAUACGUCUCAUGAGAGUGAUAGUUUGGUUUCCUCAUGCCCCUAUUCUCCUCGGUGAGCUGGGUUCCCCAGCCAGACUACAUCUCCCAGGAUGCACCCUGACCAUAGACUCCCAUGACGUACGGCCGCCCUUCUCCUAGAAGGGAGAUCCUGGUACAUCAUGGGAAAUGUAACUCACCCAGGGUAACUCACCUCAAGAUUCUGCACCUGGCACAUUUUGGGGCACUCUGGAAGAGCGAAAGAUAAUAGUAUUAGUGGCUUUGGCCCUUUGGGUCUGUUCCUGGACAGAAAGUGGCAGUGCAAAGGCCCUGCAAAUAUGGAACAAAACAACUUCUUGGAUGGAGCAGGCUCUCUGAACAGGAAAAGGCCAUGCAGAAUAGCCUGUUCCUGCUCCUUUAGAGAGUUGCCAGAGAGGGGUGUACAGUGUUUAUGUAGUAGCUGCUCUGUUGGCCAACAGCAGGGACUGAAUUGAGAAUCUCCAGAGCUGAAACCCUGAGUUUCUACAGCUUAAACUAAGGAGCCAGGAUCACUAGGGGAGAACUGGAAUAGACCCACAUUCUCUGUGGAUCCGGCAGCCAGUGGGACACACUGGCCAGUGAGUUACACUUACAUUAACUGAGCACAGAGAAAGGAAAGACUUGUUUCUGAGCAAUAGCUGGGGAAAGUGUUUCAUGACAGAAGUUUGUGAUUUGAGCGAGCAGUGUCCAAAGCUAGCGGCCUUGUGGCAUCCCUUCUGUCUCAGGGACAGAGCUGCUCAAAUUAUUCACUGUGAAUAAGUUAUCUGAUGACUGUAGCCCUUUUCUGUUCAUGAACUAAGCCUGAUUUCUAAACCUCCUGGUGCUCCUGCGGGAGUAGGUCCCCCAGCAUCAGGCAGUGGCUAAUAGCUGCAACUGAGCCCUUGGAAUCAAACACAGCCAAAAUAAUUCUAACAUGUUCUCUCUUGUCAUGUUUCAAGGGCAUACGCAGGUCAUCACCAUCUCUGGGAGAAUGCGCCCCACAAUGGUAUAGCACAAUUAGGUGCUUAUGGGUGUGGCUGGGUUUCUGCAAAGCACUUGGUUCUGGUCACUGUUGGAAGCAGGAUACUAAGUGGAAGGGCCAUCCAGCUGUUCCUACAGUAUGUGACUUUGUGCUGUGUUCACUGAACCCCAAAGCAGAGGCUCCCACUUGCACAGGUUCACAAACACAGCAGAGGAAAAACUGUGUUGAAAUGGAGAGGUAACUACAGGACACUAGACCCAAGGGCACAGUGGCAUCUCUACGCUGGUCAAUCAUAGCACUCCUGGAAGAAUCUUCUUGGUGGAGAUGGGCCUUAAUUCAGAGUUUUAUCUCUAAGUAGUGGCAGGGAAAUUACAUGGUACUAUAAACAGACAUGGCAAUUGCACCUGGAGAUGCUUGGUGCCACUGCACAAUGAUCUGUAAAGAAGCUAGAGGUGGAAAAGACUCGUUAGGUCUUCAAGUCCAUCCCUGUUAGCCCAGAAUUGUCCACUCCAAUGUAUUCUUGAGUAUAGUGUACAGACUUUAAAUGUUCCAGGUGAUGGGGUUCCCCUCCCUUCCCUUGGGAGACUAUUCUGCCAUCUAACAGAUGUUGCCAUUAGGAAAUGUGUGCUGAUUUCCAACCCUAAAUUUUCCCCAGCUUAAUUUCAUCUUGUAGUACCUGGCUAGAUCCUAUGGCUGAGCUCAAAGAAUUCCUUUCCCUCUGUAGUAGGUACAUGCUUCAAAUACUGUACAUAGUUAUCAGGGUCUUUCCUUAGCCAUUCCUUAGAUAAGUCAUACACACUUAGUUAUGUUCAACUUUCAUCCUUCCCUAACACCCUUAAAUCAUUGUCGCUCUUCUAUGAGUUUGUUCAAGAUCUAUCUAUUCCAUGCUCUGAGCACCUCAGUUAAGGAGCUGCAUAAUGUCUGUCUCCAAACUUAAAGUCAGAUAUGAGCUCAAGCCACGAAUUAUGGUUCUAGUUCCAGAUCUAGAUUUGGAAGUUCAGGGGAUAUCUGGCCCGGGGUUCUGAUUCUGACUGUUUUAAAAACAGAAGGAGGCCAUUCACAAAAUGUGGAUCUGGCUCAAGAGUUAGAUUUCAAACACCCCCUAACAACUGGGAGCGUGCACCCAGGAUUUGUUUCCUUGGUUUAGCCUCAUACCCCUUCCCCACCUCCCCAUUAGUAGGGUGCCAGCAACACACAAUGUGUUUUACCUUACUACUCAAUUAACAGAGCCCUGCAGAAUAUGUUGUGAUAGUAGCAAAUACACACUGGGCUGAUGCAAAGUGUUAGCCAAAGAUGCUUCUUGGCUGUAUCUUGCUGCAAAAUCUGUAUCUAACUUUUGAGCAUUACCCCCCCUGGCUUCCCUUCUAUUUUUGUUCUUUAUCUGUCACAUUGAUGUUUUCAUUUAAGUCGCAGGCUUUUCAGGUCACAUACUGUAUCUGGGUUAUUUGUCUAGAAUGCACCUAGAACUCUCUGGGUGCUGCAUACAUAAAUGACAAGACAAUGUAAAAGGACAAGGAAAGCCACCUGACUACAGAAAUAAUAGUCCCCAUCUCCUCCUGAAGUUCAUUUGGGAAAGAAUGCCCUUAAUGUGAAGAGAACCACUGUAUUUAUGAAGAUCUGCACUCCGUAUUGUAGAGCUGGGUCCAGAUGUUGUGCCUAAUAAAAUCUUCAUUCUUGCCA